GGCCAUCAACGAAAGGAAUCUUCAGUCGUUGGAAUACACUCGUGCGUCGUGGACACAACUGAAAACGUUCUGGCGCCGGAAACUUGCACGUGGCAACGGUACUUGGUCCUUUAGUCCCGUUCUCUCAUCGCCGCCGUGCGCGUGUGUUGGUGUGCGUUGGUGUGACGGAUUGCGGCUGUAUGAGUGUAUCAUCGCCAGCUGUAAAUUCCUCAGUAAAUACAAGAAAAAAUAAGUUGUGAAUCCUUAAUAAUCUCGUGUGGAUGGUAGCAAAUUCUGUCGGAAUGAAAAACGUGGAAUAACAACAUAAUACAAAAAAUAAAAAUAUUCUCAUUUAUUCGAAGCCCAUCAAAAAAAUAUGAACGCAUAUACACGAAAGCGCCGGUUUAAAAUCACCAGUAAAAAUAAAAAUAAAAAUUAAAUUAAACAAAUAAAAUGUAGCAACGAAUCAAUUUAUAACAAAGGAUCUAUCGAAAAACGGAAAGCAACGACAACAAACAAAGGCAAAUAUAAAUGCUGAAUCCCGUGAAAAGUGAAAGCAAUUGAAAUUCGCUUCAAAACAUGAAAUGAAAUAUUUCUCGGUGCAGGAUAUAUGAAAAAUCAACAGAACGGUUUCCCAAUAGUAUAUGUGUACCCAUAAGUGAGUGCGUGUGCAAUUGUGUGAACACCUACAAAGAAAAGAAAAGCGGAUACGUCAAAUAGAGGAGAAAAAGGAUACGCGAGCUUAAAGUUAAAGAAAAGCCAAGCAAACCGAAGUCGAGGAUUAUUUUCGCCAACAGUGGAAACAAUAAACCUGCCAGCAGUCAUAAGAGCAGCAGCAAUAUACAGGGAUGCGUGUACAUAGAUCUGUGACUUUCAUGUGAUCACGAUGAAAUCCAGUCAGCUGUCAGCUAGUCUCGUCAUCCCAGCCCUUCAGCACAGAUAGUCUAGAUGAUCAGAAAGAAGUCGAGUCAAUUCAGAGCCACAUCGAAAUAGGUGAAGACAGUUUAACAAUAGCUCGCUCAGGUCGCACAACGUGAAGCUCCACUGUGCCAGGAUGGGGGAAAGUCAGCUGCUGCUGUUGCUGCGGCUCCUGCUGCUUCCUACAGUCCUCAUUGGCUGGAUGGACUGUGCCGGGGCCUCCACGGCGGACAUCUACAAGGGCGCCCGCCUGGGCCACCGCAUCGUCCAGACGCGCUACGGCCGACUUCAUGGACUCAUCCUGCCCCUGGACAGUUUUCGCUUCCUGCGAUCCGUGGAGGUCUUCCUGGGCGUGCCAUAUGCAACGCCUCCCACCAAACAAAAUCGGUUUAGUCCCACGAGAGCACCAGCGCCUUGGGACGGCAUCCGGAUAUCGGAUAAAUACAGUCCCGUGUGUCCGCAGCGUUUGCCCAAUAUCCAAAAUGAGACGGCGGCGCUGGAGAAGAUGCCCAAGGGUCGCCUGGAGUACUUGAAGAGAUUGCUGCCCUUUCUGGAAAACCAGUCCGAGGAUUGUCUGUACCUAAAUGUGUUCUCGCCGGUCAAUGCCGGGGCCAAUGAGAAGAAGUUGCCGGUGAUUGUGUUCAUACACGGCGAGUCCUUCGAGUGGAGCAGCGGAAAUCCUUACGACGGCAGUGUCCUGGCGAGCUACGGGGAAGUUGUGGUGGUAACACUCAACUACCGACUAGGAAUAUUGGGUUUCCUCAACGCCAAUCCCAAUCCACAUGCCCAUGCCAGAGUGGCCAACUACGGGCUGAUGGACCAGAUGGCCGCCUUGCAUUGGAUCCAGCAGAAUAUCCAAAAGUUUGGCGGAGAUCCCAAUUCGGUGACGUUGGCGGGUCACGGAACGGGUGCAGCCUGUAUUAAUUACCUGAUGACCUCGCCUACAAUGGUGCGUGGUCUCUUCCAUCGGGCUAUUCUCAUGUCCGGAUCGGCGUACUCAUCGUGGGCCCUGGUCGAGGAUCCAGUACUAUUUGCCAUCAAGCUGGCCAAGGAGGUGAACUGCACCAUUCCCGAUGACAUCAAUCGGCACCACGAGCAGAUUGUCGAUUGUCUGAGGGAUGUGCCCCUGGAGGACCUCUACUUAGCCGACAUUCAGGCUCCCAAUUUCCUCACAUCCUUCGGGCCAUCGGUUGAUGGCGUUGUCAUACGACCCGGGCAUUCCAAUCUCGAUAUCGAUGAUUUAAUGGCGCGCAACUCGAGGCGCUCGUCAGCGGACUCCGGCUUCCAGUCGUCCGCCGGAGGUGGUGGCGGACAAGGAGGCGGUGCCAGUGGCGGAGGAGGCGGUGGCUCCGGAUCGGCGUUCGGCGGUGGAUAUUUCGGCAGCGGCGGGGGCGGAACGAUGAACAUGGGCGGUCACUAUGACGUCCUGUUUGGCGUCGUUACGGGCGAAUCGAUUUGGCGCUUCAGUGCCCACGAUAUACAAAAUGGUUUCGAGGGCGAGAGACGCGAUAAAAUUAUCCGCACCUACGUCCGCAACGCCUACAAUUAUCACCUCAACGAGAUUUUCUAUACGAUCGUCAACGAGUACACGGAUUGGGAUCGCACCUCACAGCAUCCGAUCAAUACCCGCGAUACGGCUGUGGCCGCCCUAUCCGAUGCCCAGUUUGUGGCACCGAUUGUGCGGGCUGGUGAUAUCCUGGCGGCCAAUUCCCCGCCGCCGGUCAGCUCAUCCUCGCCCGCUGGGUCGGCAGGUGCAAAUGCGGCUGCUUCGACCUCGGCGGGCUCCACUCAGCCAUCCGGUCGGUGCUACUUUUACGUGUUCGAUUACCAGACAAAGGACGGCGACUAUCCCCAGAGGAUGGGCACUGUGCACGGCGAGGACUUGCCCUACAUUUUCGGCGCCCCACUGGUCGACGGCUUUAGUCACUUUCCGCAGAACUACACCAAAUCGGAGACGGCUCUUUCCGAGGCGGUGAUGAUAUUCUGGACCAACUUUGCUCGCACCGGCAAUCCCAAUGAACACCAUCGCCAGGACUCGUCGCUGCCGGUUUCAAAGGAGCGCAACCGCUUUCGCAGCAUCACCUGGGAAAAUUAUGAUCCGCUGCAUCAGAAGUAUUUGGAAAUAGGAAUGAAGCCGCGCAUUAAGAAUCACUUUCGGGCCCAUCAACUCUCGAUUUGGCUGCGCCUGAUACCGGAGCUCCAUCGCGCCGGUAUGGAGGAUGUGAUAGCCCGGCACAAUCUGUUCCGCAAUCACGACGAUAUGGACCUGUACGAGGGACCCGUUAAACCGGAUCCGUUUGGCAUAUCGACAGCCGCCGGAGCAACUGGCUCCUCAUCCUCGUCGUCGUCCUCAUCCCGCCUCCUGCUCGUCGAUGAGCAAUUGAUGAUGAAGAAGGGACGCGGCCUGAACGGCUCGGCCUAUUUGAACGGCAUAUUGGGCGUGACCACCGUGGAGCCGAACAACAUGUACACGACCUGCAUACCCAUUGGAGGAAACUACUCGAGCAGCGGUGGUGUCUUCGCACCGACCACUCUGGCCAACGCCUCCUCGGACACUCUGGCCUCCGGGUUCGAGGCAGCCGGCUAUGCGGCCUAUUCGACGGCCCUGAGCGUUACGAUUGCCAUUGGUUGCAGCCUGCUCAUACUCAACGUGUUGAUUUUUGCCGGAGUCUACUAUCAGCGCGACAAGACGCGGCUGGAGGUGAAGACACUGCAGAAGCAGUACCAGCAGCGCAGCCUGCACCAGCAGGUGCCCUACCCACCUGAGCCCAUCAAGCACGCCCACUACCACAUGGGUCACUCGCAGAGCUCGGCCAAUGUCAUCGUGGACGUGGAGAGCCAUCAGGACCAGGCCGGCCAGGCGGCCAUGUUGCUCCAAGCCGCAGCAGCAGCCGCCGCAGCAGCGGCCAACGAUGUGAAGCCACCGCCACCGCACAUCUGCUCAAACACAGGAAUGCAACAGCAGCAGCAAGUGGGUGGUGGCAGCGGUGGGACCCUGAAUAACGGUGGCAUCGAGGGGUCUAAGGUGACCACAGACAACCUGGGCAACGUCACCUACAGCACCAGCUCCAAGCAGCAGCAACACCAGCAACAGCAGCAGCAGCGUGAGCACAUGCAAAUCAAGGGAAUGACCGGCACGCAAACAUUCGGACGAAGUGGCUCCGGAUCGGGAGGCGGGGCUGGGGGCGGAGCCGGUUCCGCUUCCGGUGGCGCCUCCGUGGUGGUGUCCGGCAGCAGCGUGAGCUACAAUCCCGGCAUGAUGACGCUGCCCAAGUCGGGCGGUCUCCAUCAUGCGGCCACUUUGAAUUAUGCGCGCAACACAGCCGCCUUGAAUAUGUCGGGCGGCGGCACCGCCCUGGUGGAUAGUCGCGGCAAUGUCCUGCUCACCAGCACCGCAGUGGGUCCUGGCAUGGGCGGUACUGGUGCUGGAGGAGGAUCCUCUGGUGGCGGCGGAGGCGGAGAUUGUAUGACCCUGCCACGCAAUCUUGGUCUGGCGGCCGCAGGACGACACAAUCCCACGACAGAGCUGCAGCAAUAUCAGCAGCAACAGCAGUCGAGCAAACAUCAGUCGAAUGGAGCUGUCCUCACUGGGAUGCAGUCGCAUCACAUACGUGGACCACGCCCACCGCUCCGCACCGCCUCCUCGACGACAACGAACAGCAGCAGCAAUAACUCGGCAAUGGGCGUGGCCGUGGGCGGAGGCGGGGGCGUUGGCAACAUGCUCCUGGACCAAACGCCAUCCGGCGGCAGCAGCAGCAGCGGCGUAAGCAGCGCACCCAGCUCCUCGAAGGGUCACCACACCCACUCGCACUCCCACGCCGCCCACCUGGUGCACUCGCACGGCGACGGCCUCGUCCUGACCUCCGCCUCGCCCGUGGGCGGCCAGCAGCAGCAGCACCCGCAGCAGCAUCAGCAUCCGCAGCAGCAGCAGCAAGUGCCGCAGGCGGCGAUGGACGAGAUGCGCGAGUUCUAUGCACCCAAGCAGCCGGAUGAUGACGGCCAACUCAAUGGGACACCAGUGGAUGCAGAUGCAGCGGGACAGGUGGCGGGUGCGGGGAGAGCCGGAGGAAUGGGUGCACCGCCCAUCUCCGCCAGUGACCACAAGCAGCGACAGCUGAAGAAGCUGCGCUUCAAGCGGGAAAUCCACGCCCUGGCGCUGGAGGGUGGCGAUGUGGCCAGGGGCUACUGCUCCUGCGACGAGCAGUGGACGAACUCCUCCUCGCCGACGUCCACCACCACAUCGGCCACCAUGUCCCCGACACUGCCGGCUGGCGGAAGUGCAGGCGGCGCUGGACGCCAUGCCACCGGAAACGGGCCUGGAAACUCCAGCGCUGGCAGCAGCGGUAUUGUCAAAAUGGCGGCGGCGACUGGAAAGCGCAGCGAGCGGCUCAAGCAGCAGCACCAUGUGCGCUUUUCCGACGAGAAGAACUUCUCGGACUGAGAGGGAAAACCAACUACUAGACUGCACCUAAUCUCUGUUUAGUCAUAGGCUAACCAUUUUCUUCCACCUCCUGCGAAACGGAGGGGAGAAGAUCAAACAAAUCAUCUGAAAACCCAACAAAUUAUAUGAAAAUCCGUAGAUAAAAGCUAUCAGCUAAGAGAAAAUUGUAAAUAUAGUUUGAAGGUGUUAGUUAAAUAUCUGUGUUUAGUUGCUCGAUAGAUCUGUUGUGAACCAUAUAUGCAUAUAUAUAAAUAUAUAUGAAUAUAAUCAAGUAGCCACGUAAGUGUAGCACAAAUGCAUUUUUUCCACUCAUCAGCAAAUUGAAAACAAAUAUUGAUGGAAAUUGUUGAUAACGGCAUUCUGUUGGCGGCAUUGUAAAUAAUCUAGAAAAAAUUAACACAAAUGUGGUAUUAUUUACUUAAAGUAAAAACACAAAAAUGAUAUAAAACUACACUAAAUAUAAAAGGAAACAAACAUGGCUCAAAAUAGAUUAGAUUAACAAAGAACGUAAUGAGAUGCAUAAUUAAAAACAAAUAACUAGUUAAUUAUUUAAAUUAAUACUCUGAGGAUGAGAAAUAAACAGUGACGCUUUUUUUUACUGUGUACAAAAGCAGCCGAUUCACUAGAGGAUAAAACUAAAAGUGCAUUAAUGCUUAAUUUAAUGAACGGUUUUUACACUCAAUCGAAUUAUUGCAGAGCAGGAAAUUUGUUGCAGAAAUGCAACAAGUCAAUUCGAUUUCAAUGCUUAUAAAUUAUUUGUUUUAUACUGUUUUUCCUUAUUGAUUUCCUACCAAACUAAUGAAAACUAUUGUAACUCAAAUAACUAUUGUCCUUUUUUUUAAUUUACUUUUCAUUUGAUAAAAUCCUACGAAUGUAAUAGUUACCUCAACCUAACAAAAACUGCCAACUUAUCGACUUUUUAAUUAAAUUUAAUUGUUUUUACUAAGUACUCUUCCAAUUUAUUUGUAAAGCAUUCAGAUAAAACUCAUAAAAAGCGUCGCCAAAAAUAAACACGAAAUAUGAUAUUUGUAUUUUUAAGACUAAAUUUAUAAUCGUCUAGUUUACAAUAUAAAACUGAGAAUGACACGUGAAAAACUAAAUUAAGUGAUCAAUAUGAAAUAAAGUUAAACUAAAUGAGAUAUAAACAAACCAUUAAACUAAAAACAAUAAAAGCUAAAUUAAACUAAAA